UUGAAGGACCAAUUUUUUUCUCUGCAGAGUUUUAUUUUUUGGGGCGCCUCUCUCUCUCUCUCUCUCUGUUUCUCUCGAUUACGAUGAUGCUCUCAGGCGACAUUCCUCCGAAUCAAACCAUCUACAUUAGAAAUCUCAACGAAAAGAUCAAGAAAGAAGAAUUGAAGAGGUCCCUCUAUGCACUGUUUUCUCAAUAUGGAAGGAUUCUCGAUGUGGUGUCGCUCAAAACACAGAAACUUAGAGGGCAAGCAUGGGUUGUGUUUAGUGAAGUGACAGCUGCUAGUACGGCAGUUAGGCAAAUGCAAAGUUUUCCGUUCUAUGACAAACCAAUGAGGAUUCAAUAUGCAAAAACCAAGUCAGACUGUAUUGCAAAGGUAGAUGGUACGUACGUUGCAAGAGAAAAGAAGAAGAGGCAAGAAGAAAAAGCUGCUGAUAAAAGACGCAAAGCUGAGGAAGAGAAGCAGUCUGGUCCUGGUGCUAAUGGUGCAAAUGCUCAAAAUGGAGGGCCUUCUGCUUCUCAAGCAUCACGCCAACCAAAGACAGGUCCUCGAGAGGAAACUGCUCCAAACAACAUCCUUUUCAUCCAAAACCUGCCUCACGAGACAACAACCAUGAUGCUUCAAAUCCUCUUCCAGCAAUAUCCCGGUUUCAAAGAGGUGAGGAUGAUCGAAGCAAAGCCAGGCAUCGCCUUUGUAGAGUUUGAGGACGAUAUGCAGGCAUCCAUCGCCAUGCAGGCUCUUCAAGGUUUCAAGAUCACUCCUCAGAACCCCAUGGCUGUCGCAUAUGCAAAGAAAUGACAGAUGAAUUCGAAACCAGAGACAAGUUUAUGCCACAUUACUUUUUUGCUUCGAUUUUGGUUGAAAUGUUGUACCUUUUGGCACGGUAGCUGCUAACCAAUGAACCCAGUAGAAAUGCAGUCAAAAUGACUCUUAUUAUGGCGUGUCGUAAUUAGUUAGAAGUUAAAUUGGCUUGGUUCACUUGAUCA